AGUUUCAUAGGCACUCAGUCGUAGACCUGCAAAGUAAGCUGACAGGGCAACACUACGUCUUAACACCAAGAGACUUUGCAGCUGUGGUGUUUUUGUCGAGAUGGACUCUAUUAGAUUGAAUCAGUCAUGUUUUCGACCCAACACCGCUGUGGGGGUAGUUCUCCCUACUUUAAAAUCUACCUCAAAUGACACCUUCAAAUGUAACAUCAUGUCGCCACCUUUGCGACCCAAAUGGGGCAACAGUGGCAGGCGAGAGGCAUUUCGGUUCAGAACUGCCGAUACCAAGAUGCCCCCCCUGAAGCCUUUGAUGUCAGUGUCCUCUCAAAUAACACCUGAGCAGUGGUCCAGAGCCAAUGUGGCGAAUUACGGGCGGUCAGACAAUAACCGCCGAUUUUCUGAGGCAUUUCGGAAAGACACACUGAGAUUGAUUCAGACUAAAGACCAAUUCACGUGUAGAAAUCAGAACGACGUUAAUCAGUGGAUCACCGAGAGGAUUGAGGAUAUAAAAUUUUGGAGCAGUGAAAUGAAGCAUGAGUCCGAGCAGCUCAUGAACGACUCGGACAUGCUCAAACACAUCAAAGUGCGACUUGACAAAGGUAUUGCGGAGACGGAUGGACCGUUGCAGGUGGCUCAAGAGUGUCUUUGUCAGAGGCAGAAAAGGAUGGGCGCAGAUAUAGUCAAUGAUGACGUGGAGAACGAGCUGAUGCAGGAGGUGGCUGUAAUCAGGGAUUGUCAGGAGCAGUUGGAAAGAGUCAGGGAUAAAGUGAAAAAACAACUUGAAGCUAAUCGCAUGGCCCAGCUCAUGUUGGAGAAGGACCUGAAUGACAAGCACGUAGCCUUUGAGAUUGAUUCCAGAUGUCAUAAAAUGGCCAACUGCAACAGCAGCAUUCAGUUCUACCCUAACCUCAACAAACUGGACAAGAGUGUUUCAGUGCCCCAGACGUGGGCCAAGUUCUCUGAGGACAACAUCAUGCGGUCCCAGCACGAGAGGAUGAACACCAGGAAGGUCAUGGACGAGACCGAGAGGGUGAUGGAGAGCAACUCCGUCAGCAUGUGGAGCCAGUUCCACCGGGUCAACGUGGCCUUCACCGACCGCAUCGCAGAGACCACCGAGGCCAAGAACCGACUGAAGUACCACAUGGGCAAGACCCUGCAGGAGAUCUUCCAGACUGAGAGGACCAUAGCUGACCUGGAGCGCACCAUCAACGCCAAAAAGUUCCCUCUCAAAGUGGCACAGAGCCGACUGGAGGAAAGGACCAGGAGGCCCAACAUGGAGCUUUGCAAGGACCCUCCUCACACCAUGCUCCUGGCUGAGGUGCAGCACAUCCAGAGCACGGUGAACACACUGAGCCAGCGUCUGGCCGAGGCCACGGCCAUGCUGCAGCAGCUGGCCGACACCAAGUCCAUACUGGAGCAGGAGCUCUUCAUCAAAGCCCACUCCCUCUUCAUCGACCAGGAGCGCUGCAUGGGCCUGCGCAAGACCUUCCCCAGCAGCCCGCGCCUGGUGGGCUACACAUGAGCUAACUCAGCCAAGCCCAGUCCAGUCUAGCCCAGACCCGCUUCACAAACUACCCCACUUGUAUCCCUAAUAAAGCCCCCUCAUAGCAUUA